AUGGCGGCGUCGCUGCUCUCCGAGGUUGACAUCAGGUACCGGUCCAUGGCGGAGGAGGAUCCGAACAGCAACGAGCACGGGGCGGCGGCACACUGCGCAGCACCCCGCUGGGGACCGCAGCACGCCGGAGCCCGGCAGCUGGCUCGGCUCUAUUCUCCCGGUAAGCGCGUCCAGGAGUGGGUGUGCAUGAUCGCGUGCCUCGUGCUCUUUGUCGUCAACUUCACUUUGCUCUUCCUGCACUUUUCCACCCUUCACGUCUACAAGAUCAUUCUCGGCAUUGUGCUGGGAAUCUUGACAGCAGACUUUGCAUCCGGGAUGGUACACUGGGGGGCGGAUACCUGGGGAUCUGUAGACAUCCCUCUUAUCGGCAAGGCGUUUAUUCGGCCGUUCAGAGAGCACCACAUUGACCCCACCGCCAUCACCCGCCACGACUUCAUUGAAACCAAUGGAGACAAUUGUAUGAUCCCCAUCCUGCCACUGGCACACAUGACCUACAAGUUCUCCACUUACACACCAGAGGCCUUGGCGGCAUCCUAUCCUUGGGACUGCUACGUUUUCGCUCUGGCUGUUUUCGUCACGUUGACCAACCAGAUUCACAAAUGGAGUCACUCCUACUUUGGGCUCCCGCGUUGGGUCACGCUGCUGCAGGACUGGCAUGUGGUGUUGCCACGGAAACACCACCGCAUCCACCAUGUCUCACCGCACGAGACGUACUACUGUAUCACUACAGGCUGGUGUAACUAUGCCCUGGACCAGCUGGGCUUCUGGAGGCACAUGGAGCAUCUGAUCGAGCGACUGACCGGUCAAAAGCCUCGAUCUGAUGACCUGGCUUGGGCCAAGAAGACCGACUGAGGACAGAUCGGAAGGAGCCUGUAGACAGCAGAUAAGGAGAAAAUGUAUUAAAAAGAAAACACACACACACCACACAUUCCGACCAAAAUAACUUGUUCUUAUGUAAUAUUGAAAUGUCUUAUUGGUGAAUUUGGGGACGUGGGUAGCCUAAUUUAGAAAUUCUAUUUAGUCUAUUUAAUAUAUCAAUCGCUCAUUUCAAUUGAACUGUCGAAACAAAAUAAUUUUGCAUAAUAUUUCAAUUUGUUGAGGUACACUUGUAUGCGUAUAUGUCUUUGUUUGUUUCAUGUUAUGACAUUCCAGGUCCUUUUUUGAAAAUAAUGUUUUCAGCUGCAUUCGCUGUUGCACAAUUAAAAUUCCAAAUGCAGACGUGACAUUCGCAAUUGUGCAUCCGUUUACAUGAAGUCUAUUUUCGGAUUAAAUUCCAUACACAUGCUUGUCAAUUCGCUCCAACAAGCUUGACUACAACUCCAACUGCUUGACACUUUGAACACAUGUUGCGUGUCACCCCGCAUUCAAAGGGUUAACGAUAACUGCACUUUAUUCUCCCUUAAGGUCAAGGGUCACUAAUGCAGCGCGCGCUCACACGUUUACACCAAAUUUCUGUCAACACAAACGCAGAUUCUCAAACUGUGUGUUUUUUUCCUCUUCUUUAUAAUUUUCUUUUUUCUUAUUAACAAA